GAGAGGCCACACACAAACACGCAGUCCUCUCAACCUUCAGAUCAGUGCGUUCCCACUAUGCUUUGCGAUGGUCUGACAAGUGGAUCCAAGAUGGCGUAGAAAGUAAAGCUAGAAGUUUUGUCCCUGAGUCAUGGCGGACAGGAGAGCGGAGAAGUCAUGUGAAGAAGCCAGCAGAUUGUUAGCCAAGCAGGAGUACGAGGCAGUAGUCAGCCAUAGCACGGACGCCCUUGUGGUCCUUGCACCCCAAGCCCCACCCUCCGGUGCUCCAGUCCCACCGAGCCCUUCAUCCCUUGUCGCUGCUGCCGGACUCCUCCGCAGCCGUGCCCUGCUCUACCGAAUUGCUGCCUUCUUGCAGCUGAAAAACUAUGAUGAAGCAGAUGAAGACUGCAAACAUGUCCUGGCAGAAGAGAUUGCCAGGGGAGACGGUUCGCUACAGGCCAGCUUGCGCUCAAUGCUUAUGGAUGGCAGCCUGCAAGAGGUGGCCAACAUCCUCUCUAAAGCCUUGUAUGGAGAGCCAAUGAAUGGCAUUGUCACAAAAGACCUUACCAGAUUAAAAAUGCUCUUCUCAGAAAUAGAGGCUAUAAAUAGGGAGAUGGCACCAGAGUACACAGAUGACCAGGAGGAAGAGGUCCAAGAUGGCUGGCAGUUUCGGCCUCCUCCCCGAGGAGUCACCAGCAGUGAGGAGUACACCCUCUGUAAAAGGUACUUGGAGCAGGGCCUGUGUCGGUACGGGGCCCAGUGUACGUCAGCCCACUCUCAGGAGGAGCUGAUGGAGUGGCAGAAGCGCUAUGCGUCACGCCUCAUCCGCCUCAAACAGCAGCAGGAGAGCAAACACUUCACUGAGAACUACAUGGAGACCCUGAUAGAGAAGUGGAUGAAUUCCCUCUCCCCAGAGAAAGUGCUAAGUGACUAUUUAGAAGGAGUGAAUGUAGAAACCAGCUCCAGCCUCUCUGUUACCGUCACCACCAAAAAAUCCUCCCACUCCUGGACCUUCUCCUUCUUGUGCAAGCCGGCUAGAAAGUUGUACCGCAUCGCGCUGCUCUAUGAUGCCCACCGACCACACUUCUUCAUCACAGGUGUGUCAGCUGGGGACCGGCUUCAAGCCCUCUCCAAAGGCUGCCAAGAGUGGACUCCAGCAGAGGAAACGGGAGUAGCAGCAGACAAUGGCCUGGACCACUGUCUCUACAAGGUUGCUGUGGGAUUCAGCACAGAAAUCUUUGGUACCUUCCGACAGACCGUUGUUUUUGACUUCGGCUCAGAACCUGUGCUGAUGCAGCGGAUCAUGGUGGAUGCUGCCUCUAUCGAAGACCUUGAACACCUGAUGGCAGCCAGGCAGCAGCUCUUGAUCACUGCAAAGCGCUGGGACUCUUCCUGUAAGACCAUCGUAGAAUUCACUCCUAAUGAAACGAUGGCAGAACUGGAGCGUGGCCUUCUUUCCCGCUAUCAGAUCCCUCUGUCGGCUGACCAGCUCUUCACCCAGUCAGUCCUGGACAAGACUCUGACCAAAGACAACUACCAGGCCCGACUGCAUGACCUGCUCUACAUAGAAGAGAUUGCACAAUAUAAGGAAGUUAGCAAGUUUAACAUCAAAGUGAAUCUCCAGCUGGUCACCAGCUUCAUGCUGACGGGCAUUUCUGUUGGAGCCAAGUAUGCCCAGAAUGGACAGCUCUUUGCACGCUUCAAACUCACUGAAACACUUUCUGAGGACACAUUGGCUGGACGGCUAGUGAUGACCAAGGUAAAUUCAGUUCUGCUGCUGCCAUUUGGCCGUGAGGGGGUCAGCAGCCACCCGCCUCCUGGGGUCAAAGAGCGUGUUUACGAAGCUGUGAUCGAGGAGAAGACCAAGGAUUACAUCUUCCUAAGAAUCUGCAAGGACUGCUGUGAGGAGCUGGGGCUGCUACCUGACAGAGAAUUACAGGUGGAGCUCCAGUUCCAGCUGAACAGACUGCCACUCUGUGAGAUGCACUAUGCCCUGGAUCGCAUCAAAGAAAAUAACAUCCUUUUCCCUGACAUUGGCCUUGUCCCCACCAUCCCUUGGAGCCCUAACAGGCAGUGGGACGAGCAGCUGGAUCCCCGUCUGAAUGCCAAGCAGAAAGAGGCCAUCCUGGCCAUCACCACACCCGUCACUAUUCCCCUGCCCCCAAUCCUCAUCAUUGGGCCCUACGGCACCGGCAAGACCUUCACCCUGGCACAGGCUGUCAAGCACAUCCUCCGCCAGGACCAAAGCAGGGUCCUGAUCUGCACCCACUCCAACAGUGCGGCCGACCUUUACAUUAAGGAUUACCUUCAUCCUUACGUCGAAGCAGGCAAUCCGCAUGCCAGACCUCUCAGGGUAUAUUUCAGGAACCGCUGGGUUAAGACGGUUCACCCACUGGUUCAGCAGUACUGUCUCAUCUCCAGCACACACAUCACUUUCCAGAUGCCCACAAGGGAGGACAUCCUCAGGCACCGCGUGGUGGUGGUCACCCUCAGCACCUCCCAAUACCUCUGCCAGCUUGAUUUGGAGCCCGGGUUGUUCACUCAUAUCCUAUUGGACGAAGCGGCCCAGGCCAUGGAGUGUGAAACCAUCAUGCCUUUUGCUCUAGCUAGCAAAACCACCCGUGUUGUGCUGGCUGGAGACCAUAUGCAGCUCAGUCCAUUUGUGUACAGCGAGUUUGCGCGGGAGCGUAACCUGCAUGUGUCACUGCUGGACCGACUGUAUGAGCACUACCCCCCUGAAUACCCUUGCCGCAUCCUCCUGUGCGAGAACUACCGCUCUCAUGAAGCUAUCAUCAACUACACGUCAGAAUUGUUUUAUGAUGGGAAGUUGAUGGCAAGUGGGAAGCAGCCUUCCCAUAAGGACUUCUACCCUCUGACCUUCUUCACAGCCAGAGGAGAAGAUGUCCAGGAGAAGAAUAGCACUGCCUACUACAACAACGCAGAGGUAUUUGAGAUCGUGGAGCGGGUGGAGGAGUUGCGCAAGAAGUGGCCAGUGUCCUGGGGCAAGCUAGACGAUUGCAGCAUUGGAGUGGUGUCGCCAUACGCUGACCAGGUGUUCCGCAUUCGUGCGGAGCUCCGAAAGAAGAGAAUGCAUGAGGUCAGCGUGGAAAGAGUGCUCAAUGUCCAAGGUAAACAGUUCCGGGUGCUGUUUCUCAGCACGGUGCGGACGCGGCAUACCUGCAAACACAAGCAGACGGCCAUCAAACGUAAAGAGCAGCUAGUUGAGGACUCAACAGAGGACCUUGACUAUGGAUUCCUCUCCAACUACAAGCUUCUCAACACGGCCAUCACCAGAGCCCAGUCCCUGGUUGCAGUUGUGGGAGACCCCAUAGCACUGUGCUCUGUUGGGCGCUGCAGAAAAUUCUGGGAACACUUUAUCUCCAUCUGCCACGAAAACACGAGCCUACAUGGCAUCACCUUUGAGCAGAUCAAAUCUCAGCUGGAGGCCCUGGAGCUCAAAAAGACCUACGUCCUCAACCCAUUGGCCCCAGAGUUCAUCCCUCGUGCCCUCAGGCCACUGCUAGGGCAGCACUCUUCGCAGGUCCUACAUCCCCACCACCAUCCACAUCCUCAGCACACACAGCCAGCCUCCAACAAGCAGGGUCCACAGCAACCACAGCAGCAGCAGCAGUCACCCCCUAAGGGGAAACAUGCAAACCACGUAGAGCACCUUCCACCUGAAGGAUAUGUCCAACCCAACCCAGCCGUGCUAAUGGGAAACCCUAUUCGGGCAUUUACACCACCCUUGGGUAGCACACCUUCUGGCAUGGGCAAGUCGCCCAGUCCUGUUCAGAGGAUAGAUCCUCAUACAGGCGCCAGUAUCCUCUACGUCCCAGCUGUGUAUGGUGGAAACAUGGUCAUGUCCAUGCCCCUGCCUUUGCCUUGGCCAGGUUACCAGAAUCGUUUUGCUGUGGACCCUCGUAUCAUGAGCCACCCAGCAGCCAUGGCCUACAACUUCAAUCUGUUGCAGGCCCAGAAUCGAGGCUCCCCCAUUCCUUACAGUGGAGUGGGCCCCCCUCUUGGAAUGGGCCAGCCCAGCCCUGACAAGGAGCUACAGGCAGACCCCAUCAGAAAUGGUAAAUUAGAGGGAUGCCGAAAGGCAGAACAGAGCCGUCUUCAGACACCAGAGAGGAAAACUGCAGACAUGAAGGAAAAACAGGGAGAAUUAGACACAGGCCAAAGUCGAAGUCUAGACUCGCAGGCAGAUGGGCUAGUUGGAUUUCCUAAUGCGCUGCUCCAUCGAAAAGAUCCCUCAGCUGCCCAAAGACCUCUCAACUACCACCUGGCACCACCCAACCAAGCUUUUCCUCCACAUCCUGCCGGUGGAAGAGCCUUCCCCCCACAGUAUCCAGUCUCUAGGCUUCCUUAUCGGGUCAGCCAGCCUCAACACCCCGGGAUGGCCCCACAGAGUCAACAGCUCAGCCCUGCAUACACUGGUGGUAGCCACAACGCUUCCUUCUUUAGUGGUCCCAUACCCCCUCACAGGGCUGUCCAGUCUCCCACUUUGGAUGGUUCAGAGCCUGGAGUGGUGGAGGAGAUGAGUAGCUCUAUUAGAACUCCAAUGGGCCAUUCAGGGGGCCACCACCCAGGCCUGUCGCAGCAUAACAGGGUCAACAGCUUUGGGGAGGACGGACAUGAUGGAAGCCUGGGAGAUAGUUUGGACCUUCAGGGUCCAUUGGCUCUAGAGGCCCUGAGCCAGCAGCAGCAGGCAGCCAGACUGGGCCAGUGGGGGGAGGCUGCAGGCCCUUUUCUCCAGGGCAGCGUUGCCUUCCCUCUGCCCCAACAGCUCGCCCACCUUGCUCAGCCUGGCAUAGCUCGCUUCCCCCAUCAGCUGCUCAGGGCAGCUAGUUGGGGCCUUAGUGCCAAUAUGGAGGAUGAAGCUGUCACUUCUGCCCCAACUGGGCCACCUUUCACCAGGUACCCGGGCCUCUUGAGAGAGAUGCCCCCACAGGAACAGUCUGAACGCAGGGAUGCAGCUGAGAUGCAGCCCCCACCCCAAUCUCGUCUCCUCCAGUACCGCCAGUCCCAGCCCCGAGCCUCAGGUGACCCUUCGUCCUCCUUAGCCGCCACCUCCAAUCAUGCAGGCCCUUUCCCACCAGGACCUUACUCCCACGACGCAGGCCGCGAUCUCCUUAACGACACCCUUCUCAACAACCCAGCUCUGCAGCAACCGCACCCGGGGAACCCCCUGUAUAAUACUGGUAGCUACCCACAUCAGCCGCCAGCCCACUCUGCCAGCCCCCCUCCCUCCCAGGUCAAAUACCUUUUGCAAGAGGCCCAGUGGCCUCAUGGUGGAGCUGCGUCAGUGAGCCAACCACAGCAGAACCACCUAUUAGGGAACCAGGGCCACAGCCUUCCUUAUGGACUGUCCAUGAUGCCUCACCCUAAUAGACAAGAGCAAGUCCACCUGAUGCAACUUCACCAUCAGCACCAGCAGCAGCAGCAACAACAACAACAACAACAACAACAACAGCAGCAGCAGCAGCAGCAGCAGCAGCAGCAGCAGCAGCAGCAGCAACACCAACAACCACAACAACACCAACAACAACAACAACAACAACACCAACAACACCAACAGAGUCAAGGUCCAGACCAGGAGUCCUACCAUCCACUGUCCCCCAGAACAUCAGCAGCCACAGCCCUUCACAAUGUAGAUGAGUAUGAACCCAGAGGUCCAGGCCGGCCUCUCUAUCAGCGCCGCAUCUCGUCUAGCUACCCAGAUGAAUCGUCUCCAGCCAACGCCCACAAUGCCCUUUCCCAGCAGUCUCAGCCCUGUACAUCAGACCCCCAGGACCACCCUCAUCCGCACAUACAGCAUCAUCAGCACCCACAUGCCCCGUAUGGUUACCCGUCACAUGACCUCUGGCCCAGUAAUGGUGGGGGUCCCGGCCCGUUCCAGAACAUUCCAUGUAACGGAGCCGGCUCACUCGCUCAGCACCGGGACCUUCUGGCUUCCAAGGCCCUUCGUCAGACGGAGGAGCAGGUGAAAGCCGAGGCCACAGCAGCACAGCAGACGCACCCACACGCCCUCAACUCCCUUCAGCACCUUGGACAGUUUCCUCCUCUCAUGCCCAAUAACAAGCAGCAGCAGCAGCCGCAGCCGCCGCCGCCGCCACCGCCGCAAGCUCCCACAGAGGCCAACCAGGGGGCUCCCAAUUUAAGCAAACCACCCACCAUGUCGUAUGCCAGUGCCCUCCGCGCUCCACCCAAACCCCGAGCUGUUCGCCCUGAACAGGUCAAAAAGAACAGCGACCCUCUCUCCCUCCUACAAGAGCUGAGUAUAGGAAGUUCAAAUGGUAGCAAUGGGUAUUAUUCCUACUUUAAAUGAGUGUCACCCCCCCUUCCCACAUAAUAAGUAAGUGAUGAAAUAUAAAACUAAACAAAAAAAAAGGCAAAAUUGUUUUUAAAAACAACAACAAAAAAUAUAGUGAAAAGUGCAUUUACAAAUUGUUUCUAUUAGUAGGUUUGUUUUCUGCAUUUUGUUUCAUUUUAACUUUUUAUUUGUAACGGUCAUCUUUUCUCCUGUUUCACAUAUCUGUGAAGAAAAUAAGUAUAUAUAAUGAAUGCAUUACUGGUAUAUAUACAUACUCAUUAUGUAUAUAUGAAUAUAUACUUAUAUUAUCUACACUUGUAUAUGUACGUAAUGCUAAAAAAAAGUUAUAAAAAUAAAAAAUAAAAAUAAAAAAGGCGAGAUUUGGUUGACCACUUAGCUAACUGCAUAUUUUUCCUUAUUGAAGUUGGUUUUGUUGGUUACUAAAUAAGUAUGUUGAAGUUUUUAUCAUUUUCUCUUCCUCAGUUUUGAGUGGACGUUACGUCUUGGUUUUCAUACUACUGUAAUUGUGGUAACGAACAAAAGCUAAGUGGUCAACUGACACAGAAACUACAUGGAACAGUGUAUAGAAGUAGAUAAAUUUUCCUCUAAUCUGUAAAUAUAAAGAAAAUAAAAGACUGAAUUGUAUGCCACAGACAUGUCCUUAAAUUCCUGUAUCAUGCUAGCAUUUGCAUUAUGAAUUAUUUUCCGUUUGUUGGCUUCUGAUCCUUAAUUCUUAGACAUCCUGGGAAUAGCUGGGAAUUAUCUUCAGUGAUUUAGUAGUAUAUGGAAUCAUUUACUGAAAAAUAACAAUACAAAUAUUAAUUGCGUAUUUUACUUUUUACCGUUGUCUCAUCAGCAACCAUAGAUGCAGUGUGAAAAUGUCAAAAUAGCAACAACCAUGUCAUUCCCCCUUUUGUUUGUUUUAAGGAUCAGAGAACAUCAGACAUCGCAUUCUAUGAUAAAAUAAUCCCAAACUGCUUCGCUUGUGGCCGAUGCUCAGUCAUUUUAUUAUUUCUUUUGUUUGUGUCAACAAUAAUCUUCACCACGGAAAUUGUUUCUAUAACUGCUGGGGAUAUGAAAUGUGUUUUUAAUUUUUUGUCACUAAUUGACUGAGUUCUUUUUUUUUUUUUUUUUUUUUUUUUGGAGAAGGUUGCAGUAUUAAGGUUUGUGAAAGUGAAGAGAGAGUGGUGAGGUCAGACUGGUGUGUCAUGAUAGGUAAGUUGACACUGAGGAUGUGAUCAACACUGCCAGUCAGACGUUUUUGAACAAGCUAAAUGUUAGCAUUUUUGGUUACAUCUGAAGUAUAUUGAAACUAGAUUAAUUGCAUUUACCCUGAAAUUAGAAAAUACAAAUCAGUAACACA